CCCGAUAUUCCGAUCGCAAACCAUAUCCCAAGCUUGGUUUCUGCAGCUGACAGCGGUUUCUACUGCUAGGGUUUUAGGGUGUAGCUCUCAGCCGCAGUCAUGGCCGAACAGACGGAGAAGGCUUUCUUGAAGCAGCCAAAGGUGUUCCUUUCCUCGAAGAAGACUGGGAAGGGGAAGAGGCCAGGAAAGGGUGGAAAUCGCUAUUGGAAGAGCAUUGGUCUUGGCUUCAAGACUCCUCGUGAAGCUAUUGAAGGUACAUACAUUGACAAGAAGUGCCCAUUCACUGGCACUGUUUCUAUUAGAGGCCGUAUAAUUGCUGGAACUUGCCACAGUGCCAAGAUGGAUAAGACAAUUAUUGUCAGACGCAACUACCUGCAUUUUGUGAAGAAGUAUCAGAGAUAUGAGAAGAGACACUCGAACAUUCCAGCUCAUAUAUCUCCAUGCUUCCGUGUGAAAGAGGGUGACCAUGUCAUAAUUGGCCAGUGCAGGCCACUGUCAAAAACUGUGAGGUUUAAUGUGCUGAAGGUGGUUCCGGCAGGCGCCUCCGGGGGUGGAAAGAAGGCAUUUACAGGGCUUUGAGUUUAGUGCUUUCCAUCUCAUGUUAAAGUUCUUGAGAGAUGUUGUCAAGACUUGGUGUUAUUAGUUAAAACUUGUGUAUUAAUUUGCCUCUUUAAGGCUUAAAUUUUUGAUACUCCCAUGGUGCAGUUUUUGGAUUUCUAGUCUUGGUUAGUAAUCGUCAGUCUUAUUCAUAAAAAUGGUAUUGGAAUGAUUUUUCUUUAAAUGGCGUGAGAACAAUUGGCAACUGGCUUGAUAAGGUCUUAGACCUUCGAGGCUAUGGUGCAUGAUGAUUUUGCAGAUAACCUAGAAUGGUAAUUUGCUUUCAUUCGUCUCCAA